CACAAAUCUGAUGGGCCUUCUUAUUCUAAUAGGCUAAAAAGUUAUCCGAGGGAAGAGGAUUCUAUCCUUUCAUCAAUCUCUCAGCUUCUCUCUAUCGUCUCCAUCUCACUCCUACGGCAAAAAAGAAAAAUCCAACGCAACCAGAAGAAGAAGAAGAAAGGAGAGACGAAACGGUGAAGAUUUGUGAUGGGGGUCGCCAAUACCUCCUGGGUUGCCGGCCAAGCAAUACCCAUGCUCCAAUUCAGUCCCUUUUGUUGCUUCGAUUUAUCCGCCAAGAAAUCCAAUGAUUCGAGGCUGAUUAUGAGCUGGGGUUGCACUAAUCAGGGCAAACUUUCAAUUUCUUCAUCCAGGAAUUCCCGAAAUUCGACUCUGUAUUGUCGUUGCAGUGGAAAUGGCAAUAUCAGCAAUGGGAGUUGCAGUAAUAGUAGUUCUCCUUCUUCCUUGGAAUGGGAUUGGACUCGGUGGAGCCGCUAUUUCUCCGAAAUGGAACAGGCCGAAAGUUUUGCUUCUGUGCUCAAGUUUCAACUUGAAGAGGCCGUUGAGAAAGAAGAUUUUGAAGAAGCUGCAAAGUUGAAACUGGCUAUUGUUGAAACUACGCAAAAGGACAGUGUUGCUGAAAUCAUGUCCCAGUUAAAGAGUGCAAUAGAGGAGGAGCGAUACCAAGAUGCAUCGAUGUUGUGCAAAUGCACAGGAAGUGGAUUGGUGGGCUGGUGGGUGGGGUGCUCUCAAGAUUCAGACGAUCCCUUUGGCAGAUUAAUACGUAUAACUCCUGGAGUUGGAAGAUUUAUUGGUAGGGGUUACAGUCCGAGGCAGUUGGUUACUGCAUCGCCAGGAACUCCAAUGUUUGAGAUUUUUGUUGUCAAAGAUGAUGAAGAGAGAUAUGUCAUGCAGGUAGUAUACUUGCAAAGAUCCAAAGGAAAUUCAACAAUCCCAACAAGUCCACCAUCUGAACCUUCAAAUAGCCCCUCCACAUCUGGAGUUGAGAAUCAAACUGCUGUAGAAAUUCCAGAGAAUGAAAGCAAGACAGAGCAGCAAAGUGAGGAGAAGGGCAUUAAUAUGGAAGGAGCUACUGAGGAGGGAAUAAAGGGUGUGAUAAAUUUUCUGAAAGACAAAAUUCCAGGACUGAAAGUUAAAGUAAUGAACAUCAAUGUUCCUGAGGAAGUCAUAGAGGAUGCUAACUCUGUCAAGCAGUUGAUGCAAGAAGGUAACGAGAACACAGGGACUAGUGGGAAUUCUGACAAUGAAAUUGAUAAGUUAGAUGACAUUCAGCCUGAGGCAAUUUCAUUAGGAGAGAAUAGCGAUGCCAGUGAUGAUGAAAAGGAUUUGGAUAUGAAGCUUUAUAUUGGUGGGGUUGUACAUAACAGUGAAGAGACACCUACAAAGGACGAGUUUGUACGCCAUCCAGCUUAUAUUAAGGAUAUGGAUAGGGAUUCUUUUGUGCUGCAUAUUCCUGGGAGAGGCCUAGAUCUUGAUGCUGCUGAAAAUAAAGUCUCCAAGGUCAAAGUGGCAGCUUUAGCAGCCCAAGGUGUCUCUGAGCUUAUGCCAGCAGACGUUGCCAAAGCAUUUUGGGGCGUUGAUAAGGUUUCUCCAAAGGUUUCAAGGAAUGUUCGUGAGAUAGUCAAACUUGCUGUCAGUCAAGCACAGAAGCGGAGUAAACUAUCUGAAAAUACUACUUUCAAUCGGAUUACCACAUCGAGAGGGGACCUCGAUCCAUUUGAUGGUCUCUAUGUGGGUGCAUUUGGCCCUUAUGGCACUGAGGUGGUGCAGUUGAGGCGCAAAUUCGGGCAUUGGAAUGAUGUUGAUGACGAGGACAAGACUUCAGAUAUGGAGUUCUUUGAGUAUGUAGAGGCAGUAAAGCUGACUGGUGAUCUUAAUGUUCCUGCUGGCCAGGUCACUUUUCGAGCUAAAAUUGGGAGAGGAAAUCGAAUUUCCAACCGUGGGAUGUAUCCCGAUGAACUGGGAGUGGUUGCGAGCUAUAAGGGUCAAGGAAGAAUAGCAGAAUUUGGGUUCCGAAAUCCACAGUGGGUUGAUGGAGAACUUCUCCAACUAAAUGGCAGGGGUAUUGGGCCAUAUGUCAAAGGUGCAGAUCUCGGGUUCCUCUAUGUCGUUCCAGAGCAAAGUUUCCUUGUACUCUUCAACCGCUUGAAGUUACCAGAGUGAUGCACGUCAAUCUCUGCUUCACAACUAGGUUCAAUUUCCACUUCGAAUCACAAGAGUGGUAGUGCCUGCCUUGACAACAGAAAGAAAAGUAGAUCUCUUCUAGCCUCCGUAACAAAAGGUUCGAUUAAACACGACUCUUCCGGCUACGUAUUUCCCACUGCUGUUUCUUCUUUACAGGCAAAAUUUUGGUCUUUCAUAAUCUCUAGUUUAUCUACUACUUUUUCCCCCUGAGGUAUAUAUCAUCAAAUUUUGAUACUUUUAGCAUAUAAUGGGUGUGGAUUCUGAAAGAGUUGCUGUGACUGUGAGUUUUCUCCUGUGGACGAGUUUGACAUCUAGUCAAUAAUAUGUGAAUUUUCAGUGAACUUUUGAAACCACAGCCAUAUCUUCUUCUU